CAUCACUAUCAGCAGGACGCCCCUUUGUUGCAUACCAAUGGGUGUUACACGGCAUGUUCAGCAUCUCCGUGGACGUGACCUCACUUCCCGACAACCAUCUUCAAGUAUAAGGUGCAAACGAACCUGUACCUCACAUCACGUACCAAACCAAUUCUUCUCUCACUCGCAUGCGUAAUAGUAUCAAUAGACAGCUUCUGAGGGUUCCCACCACCCCGAUCAUAGACACCAAGAAUCUUAUUUCAAUCAAAGAGAGCAACAUUUUCUCACAGACAGUAAUGACCGAACAAAAGAUCAUCGCCAUCAUCGGCUCCACAGGCUUCCUGGGCCCUUACAUCACCGCCUCUCUCCUUCAGAAGCACCCCAACGCCAAUAUACUCUGUCUAAACCGUAGCAAAGACGCAGAACAACGCACCACCUCCUCUCUAUCCCGCAUCAGCAACGACGACCUCACCCGCCUCACCUUCAUAACAGCCGACAUCACACUCCCAAACCUCGGUCUAGACCUUAUCCAAUACACCCACUUCAAGACCUCCGUCUCAGAAAUUGUUUUCAACGCCUGGAACGCAAACUGGACGACGCCCCUCAUCGGCUACUUACCCCUCCUCAACGCUGUUCAACAUGUUAUCACAGCAUGUACCGCUUCGCCCCAAACACCCCAACCUCGUAUAACCUUCAUCUCCUCCAACACUUCGAUAAUGAACCACCCAACCCAGCAUCCUUCCACCGCGCUCAUUCCUGAAGUCCCCGCCUGGGACUUUUCCAGCGCAGCGAAUACCGGCUACGGUCAGAGCAAAUGUCUCGCGGAGCAACUCCUCGCUCGCGCAGGACAAGAACACAGGGUACGCGUGGCUAUCGUACGCGCAGGCCAGAUUGGUGGUGCGUCGUCUGCUUUGCCUGAGGCGCCGCAGUGGCCGAUCCAAGGUUGGCUGUACGUCACGUUUAAGACGGCGCAGACACUGGGGUACUGGCCCGUAAGGAUGAAUGCUGUGGAUUGGAUACCUGUGAAUUCGUUGGCGGAGGGCAUCGCCAACAUCACAUUAUCGCCACCGAGCUCAGACGCUCACACAGACACGGUUAAGGUCUACAACAUGAUGCACCCCCGCCCCGCGCCUUGGGUAUUGCUGCAGAAGGUGUUGGUCGAGCGGUUUGGACUGGAGGUAAAGGAGUGUAGUCUGCCGCAGUGGUUGGGAAUGUUGGACUCGGAAAAGUUCAAGAUGCAUGCGUUUUUGAUGGAGGCGGGUGAGGGGAGGGAAGACGAGGCAUUGGUUUUCGGGAAUGAGAAUGCGAGGGAGGUGUUGCCGGAGGUGGAGGAUGUGACGGAGGGUUUGGUGGAGAGGUGGUUGAUGGGGUGGGGUUUGAGGUUGAGGGAGGUGAGGGCGAGGCUGUGAAUUGGGGUUCCGCGUAUGUAGAGGUGGGCAUGUGGUGGCCAGUUGCAGCACACGGUAAGAGACACUGGGUGGAGUGAUUUGACAUGG